AUGACACAACUCAAAUCUAAAUUCAUUUCACGAGAGCCCUUGGAUCCCCAAGAGGCCAAAUGGAAGCGUCUAGUCAAAACAUACUACACCGAUCCCAAUGGAGUUAAGAGAGAUUGGGAAUCUGCUGAACGCCGAACACGACCUUCUGGCUCUCCAGUUGAUGGAGUCGGUAUCUUCGCACUUUUAAACGGACCAAGUGGCUCAGAACUACUUCUCGAAAAGCAGUACAGACCUCCAAUUGACCAGGUCGUUAUCGAGCUUCCAGCAGGCUUGAUUGAUCCCGGAGAAACUGUAGAGCAAACUGCAGUCCGAGAGCUGAAAGAAGAAACGGGUUAUAUUGGUGUUGCUGAUCAAACGAGUGGGAUCAUGUAUAAUGAUCCUGGCUUUUGCAACUCUAAUUUCAACAUGGUUUAUCUGCAAGUUGAUAUGUGUCUUCCAGAAAACCAGAACCCAAAGCCCGACCUGGAGGACAAUGAGUUCAUUGAAUGCUUCACAGUCCCGGUAGCACAGCUUCAGACCGAGUUGCAGAAAUUGGAAAAGGAGGGGUAUGCAAUUGAUGCGAGACUUGGGUCAAUCGCUGCGGGAAUUGAGAUUGCUAAGAAGUUGAAAUUUUGA